CCAGUGCCUCGGGAUCGGGGAUGCUGCGGGGCACGGGCAGGGCGCGUGCGGGGCGUUAUCCCGUCGGGGCAGGGCACCCCGUGCCGCCUCCCGGGAAAUCUUUAACCAGGGCGUGCGGCGCAGGCAUGGAGGGCAGCGGGGGGCCCCAGGGCGAGCGUCUGCAGCUGCUGCUGCGCCGCUGCCAGGAGGCCAAGGCCUGCGCCUACUGCCCCUACAGCCGCUUCCCCGUGGGCGCCGCGCUGCUCACCGCCGGCGGGGAGAUUUUUUCGGGGUGCAAUGUGGAGAACGCCUGCUACAGCCUGGGGGUGUGCGCCGAGCGCACGGCCAUCCAGAAAGCCAUCUCGGAGGGGCACACUCGCUUCAGGGCCAUGGCCAUCGCCAGCGACAUGGGGACCGACUUCAUCGUGCCCUGCGGCGCCUGCAGGCAGGUGAUGAGAGAGUUCGGCAAGGACUGGGACGUCUACCUGACCAAACCCGACGGCACCUACAUCGUCAAGACACUGGACGAGCUCCUGCCCCUCUCCUUCGGCCCCGAGGACCUGAAGAAGGUGUGAGGCUGCGUUUUCCCUUUCCAGCAUCAGGGGAAAAGGGGGACGGGGCGGAUUGCUCCCCAGUUUUCCCCUGGGACGAUGCGAUGCAAAACGCUUUCCUGGUGUUACAAAGCUCUCUUGUCACUCCCUCUUGAUUCAGCGCUGAUUUGCGGGUGGGGUGCCGGCCCCACCUCGCCCUGGGGUGCACAGACAGCCAAAUCAAACAGUAGAAAUUCCCUGAUUUUUUUUUUUUUCUGGAAAAAAAAACUCACGCUCGUGAGCACCGAGCUCUGCCCGGGCACCUCUCCGGCUCCAGGAGCAGCUCCACGAAAAGGAGGAGGAUUUGGAUGCAAAACCAGGGACAAAACGCAGCAAUUUCAGCUCUAAAUAAGAACAGGAAGCAAAAAACUGCUGCCAGUCCCCAAGGUUCAGCGCAGGGGCAGCUCUGGUGGUGCCACGAGUUGUCACCGGUGUCACCGCCCUAAGCCUCUCCUCCUGCCUGCUUCUCUCCAGCAUGUUUCUGCUUGCUUUUCUUCUCUUUGUGGAGACAAAGAAGGAGUUUUGGGAGAGCUCACUGAUUAAUUAUGCAAUUAAAUUAUGCAGAAUGGAAAAAAAAAAAAAAA